CUUGUCACCAGAAAACCAUCCGAGCCUAAUUGCAUCAAUUAAAACUCAAUUUUAACCCUGGGCUUUAUGUUGCCCCGAGACGUGCACGCAUGCUAUAAUUCGAAUAAUAGGAGCCUGAGAAGAAUUACCAGCCCGUCUAUAUACACGUGCAAAGUCCGUCGAACCGCAUACUACACUUAGCAGUUUAUUGCGGCAUCCCUGUUCAUGAUAUCAGCCUUUGCGAUUUCCCUUACCAUAAUCGCCCAACAUGUCACGACACAGCGCCUUUAACAACUACGAUUACGACAACGAGCUUGAUGAGUACGAUGGUUACGACAACACAGGAGAGGAAGAGCUCAGUCCAGAAGACCGUGAAUCGAUGGUCCUGGGCACAUCUGCCGUUCGUGAAGCCCUCGCUACCGAAUCAUCUAAAGUCACAACGGCCCAGAUUCAGGAGGCACUAUGGCACUACUAUUACGACGUAGACAAGUCGGUCGCCUAUUUGGUCAGCAAGUAUAUCUCGCCGCCGGCCGACAGCAAAAAGGCGAAAAAGGCAACAAAUAACCCGGAAGCCGACCAUCAAGUGUGCGCAGCCGAAGGGUGUUCAAUGGAGGGAUCCAGGGACUUGGCAUGGUACGGAGGUUACGGUACCGCCUCAACAACGACCAAACCGUCAGCUUUCAGACCCCCAGUGUCUUUUUGGUUUGACGAUAUGCCGUGGUUGAAUGUCCCCGAUCACCGACGGGCCGAAUUCAUUGCACCGGAGCUCCCACGCGGUGGGCUUCUCGGUGGAUCUGGCGCGGCUCCAAAGAUGUCCAAGCUGCAGGCAUUGGCCGCCGCCCGAAAGAAAAAGGCUAGCGAGAAGAAGAUUGAGGAAACCGAAACCUCUCCGGAGCAGGAGAUGGGCAAUCUGUCUUUGCAAUCUUCACAGACCAAGGUGUCAACCACGCCGAAGCUUGGUGCGUUAGUCAAGAAAAGAAAAGAUGCCGCCUCUGUCUCAUCAGACUACUGUCCACCACAGUCGGUAGCAGUAGCUCAACAUGAGGUCCCUACCAUGGACGGCACUGCAGAUGAGAUGGAUACAAAAACAACUUCCAGCGAGACUGAGCUGAAUACCAACGAAGUCGCUGAACCAUCGGCUUUCGCUCUCACGCUGCUGGGACCCAGAUCCAACUCAGAAUCUUCUCAGAAGCAACAGCAGUCGUUCGGGCUUCCUUAUCUGGUCAUGGAUCCUUCCAUUUCGGACAUUUUCUCACGACCCUCCCCGGACGAUAGGGUCAUGACGGCACAAGCGCAAGCCGGGAAACCCAAGGCCACGGCCAAAAAGGGCAAAUCCGAUAAAGUUGACUCGCUGUCCAACUCGGUGCAGAGCUUGAAGGUUGAGGAUGUCGCUCCUCUUCCCAAGAGUAAAAAUCUGGAUGUUCUUGGCGAGUACGAGAAGAGCAUCAAGAAGAAGAAUGCGAGUUUUGUCGUUGUGGGGCAUGUCGAUGCGGGCAAAAGCACCAUGAUGGGGAGACUACUUCUAGAUAUGAACGUGGUUGAUGACAGGACCAUCAGCAAGUACAAAAAGGAAGCCGAGGCGAUGGGCAAGGGAUCCUUCGCACUCGCAUGGGUUUUAGACUCAACAAGUGACGAGAGAGCUCACGGCGUUACCAUUGAUAUCGCCAAAAGUCGCUUCGAGACCGAGAGCACGAUCUUCACGAUUCUAGAUGCACCAGGCCAUCAGGACUUUGUCCCGAAUAUGAUAGCAGGAGCCAGUCAAGCAGAUUUUGCUAUUUUGGUGAUAGAUGCUACUGUUGGGGCUUAUGAGCGUGGUCUCAAGGGUCAAACAAAGGAACACGCACAGUUGAUUAGAAGCAUCGGCGUUUCUCGCAUUAUUGUGGCAGUCAACAAGCUCGAUGCUAUGAACUGGUCCCAGGAUCGCUUCAACGAGAUCUCUGACGGCAUGUCGGGAUUCAUGUCGGCACUUGGAUUCCAGAUGAAGAAUAUUAGCUUCAUCCCGCUAUCUGGGCUGAAAGGUGACAACAUGGUCAAACGAUCAACAACAGAAGCUGCAUCUUGGCACACAGGCCCGACGUUGCUUGAGGAACUGGAAAGUUCAGAGCCAAUGACCCGUGCGCUGAAGGAACCAUUACGGAUAACAGUCUCAGAUAUAUACAACAUCGGCCAGAACACACUCACGGUUGGCGGGAGGUUAGACGCCGGAUCGGUCCAGAUGGGCGAUGCCCUGCUUGUGCAACCGAGCGGAGAGAAAGCCUACGUUAAAACCAUAGAGGUCGACUCAGAAGAUGUGGACUGGGCAGUUGCUGGUCAGAAUGUGCUGCUACAGUUAUCUCACAUUGAUCCUGAGCGAGUUAGAGCCGGGGAUGUGAUUUGCGACCCGACCAACCCGAUCCAGUGCAUCGACAGCUUUACGGCAAAGGUUCUCGCUUUUGAUCACCUCUGGCCCAUGCCACUACAAGUACAUCGAGGUCGACUGGACGCUGUUGGUACUUUACAGUCUAUGCUGGCCGUACUGGACAACGCGACAGGGACAGUUGUCAAGAAGAAGCCGAAAAUCGUCAAGCCAGGCAUGACUGCUCGCGUGGUUGUCAAGAUGACUGGGACUAAAGUACCACUGGAAGCUGGGCAGCGCAUCAUCUUGCGAUGUGACGGUAGGACUCUGGCAGCUGGGAUUAUCGAAUAGCAGUAGAUGGAGAUAGUCAGCGAUAGUCAUGUAUCGAAGAGACAGCGGUUCGGAUUGAACAAGUGACAUA